AAAUCAAGUCAGAGACGGUUGAAACGAGACGCCGAUAGACCAACGCGUAGUAAAUAAAAAUAGGUCGUACCUUUAAAUAACUUACGGUACUGCCUACACUGUUCCGAAGUUGGAAAGUUUAUUCCAUUCGUAAACAUCGUCAGUUACGCCCAGUUUCUCAGUCAUUUGAAAUCGUCUUUACGAACAACCGCGUGAAUCCUAUCUCAAGAUGGCCAAUCCGGUUAAUUUGAUCUUGUGGCUGCUGGUGUUGAUCUUCAUCUCGUUUUGGGUGGCGGCAAUCUGCGCUGGUUUCUACAUCAUUGUCCAUCCGCUAAGCGUCUGUAUAAAACCGUUAACCGAAAUCUCAGAUCUUUUGCUACAAGGAGUGCAAUUCCCGCACUAUUGUGCCGAAAAAAUGUUCAGCUGAAGAAUUUUUGUAUUCUAGUUCUAGGUUAAUCUCCACGUCAGGUGUUCAUUGUUUAUUUAUAAGAUGGCUCGUAAAAUGAUGUGUAUAUAACAAUAAUGGUGUAAUAAUUUUUGUAAUAAAAUUUUUAUAGUGGAUUGA